UUAUAUACUUUCAGGAUCAAUAUGCAAUUCACUUGAAACAAACCAACUUUGGUUUUCUCUCAAAGUCCUUCUGUUUCCUUGACGACGGCUAAUUCUAGCUCUCCAUAGGUGUACUCAAAGGUCCAAAUCCAGGAGAUUCUUAAUUUACAACGUCACCCAUCUCAAUACAUUUGCUUGAAUCUAUUCGUCUAUGCCACGUGGGUUUCACAGAAUGAGGUUAAAUUGUUGCAGUGAUAGUAAAUUCUUCAGUUCUUUACCCCCUUUGUCUCCUAUUCCACUCCCAUCUUCAAGGGAGACACAUCUUUGGUAUGUAAUACCUAAUGAAGUGAAGGGUGAACCUCUUAUGAACAAAUAUAUGGAAAUUCUAUCCCCAUGUGAGAAAGAAAAUGUGUUAAGUAUGCAAGGAGAGGAGCUGAGGACAAGUGCUUUACUCGCCCGUACGCUUGUUAGAACCACCAUUGCAAGAUAUCAGAUAAAUUCUUCAAUCUCACCCAAAUCCCUCAAGUUUAGGAGGAACAUUCAUGGGAAGCCUGAGGUAGAUUGGCAACAAUGUGAUCAUUGUGGCGCCCCUCCUUUGCAUUUCAACAUCUCGCAUACAUCGUCUCUGGUAGCCUGUGGUGUGACAAUAAAUUCUCCUAUUGGUGUUGACGUGGAAGCAAAGAAAAGGACUGUAAAGCACAAUGUUUUGAAUUUGGCUAGAAGAUACUUCUCAGAACAUGAACUUGAAGUGUUGUCUGCUGUUAAAGAUCCUCGUCUUCAGCACCAGGAGUUUAUGAAGUUAUGGACACUAAAGGAGGCAUAUGUGAAAGCACUGGGGAGAGGUUUUUCAGCUUCACCUUUCAACACAUUUACGAUUCGUUUUGGAAGUGCUAUUGGAGUAACCUCUCACAACAACAACAUAUCCAGUGUAAUCCCACAGGCAUCUGAAAUAUCAGUGGAUGAUCCCAGUGACCAGACAGGCAAUUGGGAGUUUAUGCUCCUGGAGUUGGCUGGUUCUCAUUAUGCAGCCAUUUGCACGGAAAAGGAUCUCAUAAAUGAAGGUAAUAGGAAAGCUCCUAUGAAGUUAACAGUCUGGAAGACAAUUCCGUUUGUUGAAGACAAGUGUGUGUCUGGAACAGAGACAGUUCAUAUACUUUUUGGCUCGAGAUAAUACCUACUAAGUGUUGCUUGCUCUGUUUCUGGCUUGAAGUGGCUAUUUUGACCAAAAAGUUCUAUCCAGUUUACUGGAACCAGCAUGAAAAAUUUGCAUUCUUAACCAUGUUUGUGAUAUAAUCUGAAAUUUGCCGACCAAAUGGUGCCUUCUUCUGCGGUAGCAGUUUUCGUGAUAUGGGAAUAGUAUUGGCACUAACAUUUUUCCAGUUAGUACUGGUUGAAAGCAAUGUUAUCGUGCCCUCUAAAACAGUUAGUUUUUUUUUUUUU